ACCAAAAGCUUCAUUUUUUAAAUAUUCCAUAUUUUGAAAUGCCGUAUUCUGAAAUUGCAGUUAAAUUCCUAGCUUUUUUGGAUGGAGGUGAAUUUAUUAUGAUUAGUGAAAAGCCAACAUAUAGAAUAUAUAUAUUCAAUCAAGAAAAUAAUAAAUUUAUUCAUAAAUCAACAAUAAAAAUAGAAUCAUAUGAUGAAAACAACCAAAAAAUGUUCUUAUCUAAUGGAAAACUGUUUAUUUAUGAUAAAAACAUAGGAAAUAUUACUAAAUGGGAUAUUAAAUCUUCGAAUUUUGAAGCACAUUUUUUAUUCGAUAAUAGUUUCGAUGUUAAAGAUAUGAAACUAAGUGAUAAUGAA